AUCCCCCAUGUGUGCCAGUUGUGUGCAAGUAGGAUUUCCAUAAUUACCUUUGGUUUGUCAUGCUGUACAAAUUUGGCUUGUUGAUGUGGCUAACAGAGCAGCCAGAGCUCUACAACAGGUCAUGGGUUCCUUAACAGAUAAGUGUGCUCUGAGGACAGGGUGCUUGGAAAUCUCUGCUUCAGGGAAAUUUCAGUGGAAAAGAGAAGCAAGGCAAUUAGGAAGUUUACUGAUUAUAACUGAGGAGAUGCUGUGUUGGGCCAUCUUCAUUUUAAACAAAAUACAACCCAAAGGGAGUUGUUUCUACUUACUUCUGCUUUAUCUAAAACCAGCCCAUCUGAUUGGGACUUCUGUUGCACUGUAUCAUAAUGUCAGUAGUGACACUGCAUAGGAGCUACUAGGGGGUAAAACGUGGCAUCUAGGACAAUCAUACACCUGCCUAUUGAGAGGGCUGGCAGGAUAUGAACUUCCUUGUCAUGAGAUUAGGCAUACUGCCUUUGUUCUAAACACUGGAGCAAAGCAUAUCUACAUCUGUAUGUCAGAGAAAACUGCCUUGUGAUGAAUUUCCACUCCCAUCAGUCUUGGAUUACAGCAGUCUGAUAAAGUCACAGAGAAGUGAAAAAUGCUUGGUGGACGCCGCUUUUCAUCAAAAUUAGUUGUUGAUGAGUCUAACAUUUCUGUGGAAAAGGUAAUUGAGAAGGAAAAAGAACUACCUGAGCUUAGAAGAGAUGCAUGGUGGAGGGAAUCAUUACGGCCAACACCAAUACCAGGUUCUUACCCAGUCCGGGAUUUUCUUGAAGAUGCUCAAUUGAACCCAGUGAAAGCAACAUAUAAUUUUAGAAAUGAAGGCAGAAAGAGGAAGUCCAUCUUUCAGCAGAUGCCUGACCUGACCCUACCAGAUACUUUCUCAUACAAUCCUCCGUCAUUUGUGGAACUGGCAGGGAAAAGGCCAGCAACCUAUUCUUUUAAGAACACAUCAAGGGACUGUCCCUCACAUUUAUCCUAUAGGGAUAAGAAUAUCAACUUAGAUCCAGGACAGUAUGAUCUUUUCCCUCCUCCGGUUCCCACAUUUCCAACCAAGAGUUACAUGUUUCGAUCUGCUGUUCAUCGGUUUCCCACCUUUGACCCGAAAGAAGGCCCAGGACCAGGUGAAUAUGAAAUAAAAGAGAAGCCACCUGUACCAAUACGAUCAAGCUUCGUGUCCCAAGUGCCACGGCUGUUGUCUGCCCACACGAAGGUACCAGGACCGGGAAGUUAUUGGCCUACAAGGCAGGCUCCAAAACAACCUAGGACCAUUGCCAGUCUGGGCCGAGAGCACACGAUCUUCUUCAGCAACGUUCCUGAGCUUUAG